AUUUACAAUUUUUUUAUUUCCCAGCGAUCGAACCCCAGAAAACGAUGGCUCCUGAUACACAAUAAGAGGAAAGAAAAGAUGUAGUCCAGAACUUAGCCCAAUUCUGCACUACGUUAUGAAUGAAUCUCGGUGCUAGGUGCUCCACACUGGAAAGCGCAAAGGCAGCCAGUUACUUUCCCAUGAGUUCACACCAAUGCUAUUUGUGGCAGUUUGAUUUGUACUUAACGUACACAGAGUGGACUACCCUAUACGGCGGUAAGAGGUCUGGUACUGCAGUGGAAGAAGACACUUCAUUUAAACGGCUGCCGUUUGACCACUGCUGCUUGUGCCUUCAACCCUUUGAUGACCCUUACAUGGAUGCAGAUGGAAACAUAUUCGAGCUACAGGCUAUUCUAGAAUUCUUAAAGAAAUUCAAAGUUAAUCCUGUCACUGGAAAGAAGUUUGAUGUAAAGUCGCUUGUUAAGCUCAACUUUUUCAAGAACGCUCAAGAUGACUACCACUGCCCGGUACUAUUCAAACCGUUCACCAAAAACUCUCACAUUGUGGCCAUUCGGACAACUGGCAAUGUCUUCUCCCAUGAGGCUGUGGAGCAGCUCAAUAUCAAGGGAAAGAACUACAAAGAUCUGGUCAAUGAUACUCCGUUCAACAGGAGUGACAUCAUUACUAUACAAGACCCAAAUAAUUUGGCCAAACAUAAUAUCUCAACUUUCCAUCAUAUUAAAAAUAAUUUGAGAGUUGAGACAGAAGAGGAAAUAGCUUUGAGGAAGGACCCCCAUGCCAGACUCAAGACAGUCUCUGCUGAAACGAAGGACAUCCUACAAGAAUUGGAGAGAGAAUACAAGGCACCAGAAGCUAAAGAAACUAAGAAAGAGGUUGCCGAUAAAUUCAAUGCAGCACAUUACUCCACUGGUAUGGUGGCUGCCAGUUUCACGUCCACAGCUAUGGUGCCAGAAACUGUACACGAAGCAGCCAUCAUUUGUGAAGAUGAAGUCAAAUAUGACAGAGUUAAGAAAAAAGGAUAUGUGAGAAUGAUAACGAAUUAUGGGCCGCUGAAUUUCGAGCUGUAUUGUGACGUCACUCCGAAGGCCUGCGACAACUUCAUCAAGCACUGCCACAACGGAUACUAUGUCGGCACCAAAUUUCAUAGAUCUAUACGCAACUUUAUGAUACAAGGUGGAGAUCCGACAGGAACCGGUCUCGGUGGGGAGUCGAUAUGGAAGAAGCCUUUCGAGGACGAGGUUAGACCGAACCUGCACCACACCGGCAGAGGAGUACUGGCUAUGGCCAACUCUGGACCUAAUACUAAUGGCUCACAGUUUUACGUAACAUUCCGCUCUUGCAAGCAGUUGGACGGUAAGCACACGAUCUUCGGCAAGCUAGUUGGAGGGCUAGACACACUGAAUGUCAUGGAACAAAUAGAAGUAGACAAUAAAGACAGGCCCGUACACGACAUUAUCAUUGAAGCCACACAGGUGUUUGUGGAUCCCUUCGCCGAGGCAGAGGAACAGUUGGUCAUAGAAAGAGCAGAAGAAUUGAAGAGGAAAGCAGAGGAAGAAGGACCAGGGGUGAAGCCUAAGAAGAGCAAACAACCCCUCAAGGUGUUCAGACAAGGAGUGGGAAAGUACCUAGACUUGCAAGAGGCGUCUACUGCUAGCAAACCUGCCAAACCUGAUGAAACCGUUGCUAAAAAAGCGAAGAAGGAUAAGAAGUAUAACUUCGGUAGCUUUGACUCAUGGUAGCAUGAUAAAAAAAGCCGUAGAGCCAUAGCAUAGCACUCGCAUACCGCGCGUGGUGCGAUAAAGAUCCAAUAGUAUUGGUUUAUUUAUCGCGCCGCGCAUGCUACGCUACAUUACCAGCUAAAUGUAUUAUAAUAAGAUUAAUAAGUGUAAAUAAAACAUAGUAUUCAA